AUGUGCGUUCCUUAUACAUUUUUGUACUCCAUUUUACUGCAUCAUUCACUGAAAGACAAAGCCAAACCCCAAAUAAUCCCGGCAUUGACAACACACUUGCAGAGAAGCCACAAAAUAGGGAAGAAGGAGGAGCAGCUCGCAGAGUUACUGGGAACCCUAGGAGACUUUACAAGCAAAGAGAAUUGGGACAAGUUCUUCACCAUCCGAGGCACCGACGACGCCUUCGAGUGGUACGCCGAGUGGUCUGAGCUCAGAAACCCUUUGCUCUCCCACCUCCCUCCGCAACCCCAAAUUCUCGUUCCCGGCUGCGGCAGCUCCCGCCUCUCCGAGCACCUAUACGACGCCGGUUUCAAUUCCAUCACCAACAUUGACUUCUCCAAGGUCGCCAUUUCCGACUGCCUCCGCCGCAAUGUUCGCCAUAGGCCCGAUAUGCGCUGGCGCGUCAUGGACAUGACCGCCAUUUCCGACUGCCUCGUCCUCAAACUGUAAAUUUCUUGUGUUUACGAAAUU